UAUGUGCGUUUGCUUAUGUUAGUUGUCGGCGGGAGGAUUGUUACAACUCUUGGGGAAAGAAAGACAGUAGAAAGGUCGUCGUUUCUGUUGUAGUACAAUAGCUGUCAAACCAGAGUGUAAUGUUAUCUAACGUUGGAUGACCUCCUUCAGAAAGCUCGUAGAUGAAUUGGUUUGGCUGCUAACCAACCAGCUGUUUAACCUGCUAGGUCUGUCACCUUGCUAACUAGCUAUAAUUAGCUAGCUAACGAAAGUAACCAGCGGUCUUGCUAACUCCUGGAGAAACGUUUUGUUUAAUUAACUAACUCCGCAACGUCUGCAUUGACAACCAGCCUCUAGGUUUCUUCAUUUAAACGUUUAAAGUAGCAUUUUUAACUAGCUACUCGCUGGACUAAUGGCGAAGGUCCAGGUUCUCAAUGUUGCUGUUUUGGACAAUCCAAGUCUUUUCGGAAACCCCUUUCAGUUUGAAAUUACAUUCGAGUGCAUGGAAGAUCUACCUGAAGACCUGGAAUGGAAGAUAAUAUAUGUUGGCUCAGCAGAGAGUGAGGAAUAUGAUCAGACUCUUGACUCCGUGCUGGUUGGUCCUGUACCAGCUGGGAGACACAUGUUUGUGUUUCAGGCACAGGCUGCAAACCCUUCUUUCAUACCAGAGAGUGAUGCAGUUGGCGUUACUGUUGUUCUGAUCACCUGUACAUACCGUGGACAGGAGUUCAUCCGCAUUGGCUACUAUGUCAACAAUGAGUACACUGAUCCUGAACUGCGGGAAAAUCCACCUAUCAAGCCAGACUACUCACAGCUCCAGAGAAACAUUCUGGCUUCCAACCCACGUGUCACACGCUUCCACAUCAACUGGGAGGGGAGCGCGGAGAAGAUGGAGGAUCUGGAGAAUGUGGAUCCGGCCCCCAACACCAUGGUGCCCCCUUCUUGUGCGGGGGGAAAAGCGCCAGCUCUUGGUCUUGGAAUGAUGCCAGACAACUCCAUGGACUGCAUGUAGACCUCACACAGGAGCGCUUCCACGGCCUCGCUCAGUCCAGGCAUUCAAGCCUGAGAAGUGAGUGUCUGCCUGAAAGACUCACUGAGCCAGCUAAGCCUUAACAGCCCCCCAAACCUCUUCAGUAUGUUUGUUUUAUCCGCUGGUAUGCACUUACAGCAGAUAGACAUUGUGCGCCUCUGGCUGAAGGAUGUGUCGUAUCGAGCGCCUCAUUGCAAAAGCACUAGGGAACAUUGAAGCAAGCAUAGCUGCUACGAUCUUGGGAUAAUCAUAUCUAUAAUUUAAAAUAUUUAUUUAUACAUUAAGGUCUUUACUCUUUACUAAGGAAAUGGGUAGGUGGCCUGUCAGGCUAAAUGUGACUGUGUGCCUUUAUUAUUCUUCCUCAUUGGCCGGCCGUAUUUACCAACAACUCUUCCUCAGUGGAGGAUACGGGUGACAGGAUUUGUUUGGGUGGUCAAGUGUAUUAUACUGUACAUCAUCUAAUACUCUGUUUUCUAUAUGUCUUCAAAUAAACUAUGUUUUGUUAUA